CUGAAGACGAACCCGGAAGUGCUUUCGCUUUCAAAGUUGCAACCAUUAUCAUAGUUUAGUAGCUAGCUUCUAUUAAAUCGGACUUCAUUAACAAAAGCCGCAAGUUUUAUACAAAGUAAUUGAUACAUUCUAAAUAAUUUCGGGAAACGCUGACUUAAUUUUACAAGCUAGCUCGGUAUGCAGUUUGCUUAAGAUGUGUAAGAAGUAUCCAUUAGUGCUUAGCUAGCCUACGGUAUCUACACCAAAACAGCUAAACCAGUGAUAUUGGGACUUCUGAAACAAUAAAUUGAAGGCUUCUAAUAUUUUGACGACGCAGAUUAUUGUAUAUGUACCACCUGUUUACCUUUUUACGUCAGUUAGGUCAGCCAAUAGCUAUUAAGGUUUCACAAACUUUCUCUGAUGCUAGCCACAGCCUAACUGGAUUGAAAUGACAGCUGCAGUGUUUUUCGGGUGUUCCUUCAUUGCCUUUGGUCCAGCUUUCGCCCUGUUCAUCUUCACAAUCGCUAAGGACCCAUUACGAGUCAUAAUUCUAAUCGCUGGGGCGUUCUUCUGGCUACUGUCCCUCCUGCUUUCCUCUCUGGUGUGGUUCAUAGCUAUGAAGGCCACCAGUGGCCAGGACCAGACUCUCCAGAAAGGCCUGCUUAUUUUCGGUGUAAUGUUCUCUGUGAUAUUGCAGGAGGUGUUCCGCUUCGGUUACUACAGGCUCCUCAGGAAAGCCACUGAAGGACUAGCAGCCAUUAGUGAAGAGGACAGCCCACCCAUUUCAGUACAACAAAUGGCCUAUGUGGCUGGGCUGGGCUUUGGCAUUAUGAGUGGCGCCUUCUCUAUGAUCAACACCCUCUCUGACUCCUUGGGCCCAGGGACUGUGGGUAUUUUUGGAGACUCCCAGUACUACUUCAUCACCUCAGCUCUGAUGACCCUGGCACUGACUCUUCUCCACACCUUCUGGGGCGUGGUCUUCUUUGAGGGCUGUGAGAAGAAAAGGUGGUGGGUCAUUGCUGUGGUACUCUGCCUCCACCUGGUGGUGUCUGGUCUGUCUCUGUUAAACCCCUUCUAUGUGGGCAGCCUCCCCCCUGUCUUUGUCAUCAUGGUGCUGAUGGGUGUGUGGGCCUUCUUCUCCUCAGGGGGCUGCCUGCACAACCUCACCUUGCUCUGGACUUGUAAGAAAAAUAACGUCAACACCUCCUAACUCUCAUCCUCUGAUAUUAACUCUUAUGAGUGGUCAAAGGACAUCUAAACUCUACGUGCUCUAGUCCGCUGGACCAACUGCAUGAGACAUCACUCUUCUCACUGAACUACUCCAGUUAAUCUGGAUGGGUCGGCCUAGCAACAUCUAGCCCAGCCCACUCUUCUGAAAGUGAGUGCAAGCAUCUGAAGGGAAAUCCCUGUAAAUAACCUAACAAUAGUUUACACAGACAUUACUACAGAAGCUUUCAUGAAUGCAGGGGAUCUCUGUUUGUAUUCCAUUUUUCUGCUUUAAAUUUCCUGGAUUUUGAUUAGGAUUACCUUAAAUAUUUCCUGUUCAUUUCAUGAAUGACGAUUCACACAAUAAAUACUCAAAAUACCUAGUAAGAGCAUGAAGAUGGACACAUAAAUGUAGCUCAAAAGAACAAUAUAAAAAAUACAUUUUUGAUGCUUUGUUUGAAGCAUAAACACAAUAGCACAUUCUCUCAACUUGAUCUUUAGUGGUAAAAAUCACGUGCAGGACACGUAAAUAUAAAUAUUCACAGUGUAAGACAGUACAAGUGUUAAAGUCCAAAAGUUUUUAUGCAAAUUAUUGUUUUAUGGGGCAUCAUUGUCCACCAGAUAAUUGUGGAAAGGAGACAUGCUUAUAUCAGUCUUAUGCAUUAUACUAUUAAGAUGGGCCAGUAAUAAACCAUGGUAGGCCUAUCUGAAUGAAGAAAUAAGGAUUUAAUGGUUAUGACAAUUACGAUUUCCUUAAACAUUGAAAGUUAAAAUGUAGUGUUCAAACAGGUGCUGUGUCCCUGCCAUCAUGACACAUUUUCCACAUACAGUAUUGAAUGCUUUCAGAUUGAUUAUAAUCUUAUGUGUUAUAAUGAGCUUUUUUGGAUUUCACACAAAAAAAGUUUGAAACAGUUAUGUAACUAUAUCUUGAUGCAGUGAAUCACUUUAAUCAUUCCAUGUUUUAAGUGCUAUAUCAGUGCUGUGCAUAAGCCCUUGUGCAGACCAGUUUUGUAUUUAAAUUUUGAAGUGUACCUUUGAUUGAAUGCAUUGACCAAGUCAUUCAUUUUACCAGCUAGUAUAAUAACCUUCCUGUAAUCCAACCAAUCCUGGUACUGUGUAUCAUUAGUAACAUAUAUUUAAAUUCUACAGUUAAUUCUAAUGUUAUCAUUGAUUUUUUCAUUGUUUUAAGUAUUCAAUAUUUAUCAAUGCCAGAUUUGACUGAGAUGCUUUUGCUUCGUAUUAUGAUUUGCUCACUUCUCACAUAUCCAAUAAUGUGUUCCAUACGUGUUAUGAAAGAGAAGUACCGUGUGAGUUUGGUACACUAGCAAUCGCUGUACAUCACUGAGUCAGCAGGCAUAUUUAAUAAGUGUGUAUUUUCUGCAGUGAUGAGACACCUCACAUUAUGGCCAAUGUGAAGUGAUAUUCUACAAGUGUGCAUCAUUCCAUCUAUACAGUGUUUUAAAGCACUGUGAAAACUAUUAUAGUGUUUAAAACUCCAUCAACGCUUGAAGAAUGAAAAUGUAAACUUUGUGCACACAUGUAUUGUUAAAGAGAAUUGUGCCAAAAAGGAUCUGAUGUCACAGAUAAAGCAUUUGUAGUUAAUAAAGUUGUGUUGUAUGAUUCCCAUUA